AAGAUAAUUAAUUUAUACACACUGCGUUUACUAGACCCUGAAAUUGUCCCUGAAAUUGUGCGCAAUUGCACAGUGUGGGGGCAAGGUACAGAUUCUUCCGGGUCUGCUAUACAAGGGUUUCUUCUGCUUUGUAAUUUCAUCAUGAAUCGCGCAUAUUGUUUAUAUUGAUAUAGCUCUACCCACUUUUGCAAUGGGAGAAGAGUUGGAUACUGAACAACAGGAGGAGAUGAUGGAAAGAAGUUAUUCGCAAACUAUGCAGAUUGAUCCGAAAAAGGCUCGAUUUCCAUGCUCUAUUGUGUGGUCACCACUUCCUGUGAUCUCGUGGUUCAUUCCUUGCAUCGGGCACAUUGGCAUCUGCAGAGAGGAUGGAGUAAUAUUGGAUUUUGCAGGGCCUAAUUUUGUGUGUGUGGACCAUUUUACAUUUGGAGCUGCCACUCGCUAUUUUCAGAUUCCCAAAGAAAAGUGUUGCAUACCUUUGGACCAGUCUGCGUAUAAUGGUGAGGAACACUACACGGAGGGAGAAAAUAGAGGAGAUUUAAGGACUUGGGAUGGUGCACUGAGGAAAAGCAUUGAAGAAUUCCAGCAUCGAUCUUACAAUCUCUUUACCUGCAACUGCCAUUCGUUUGUCGUCAAUAAUUUAAACAGGUUGGACUUCUUGUCUGGUGGAUGGAAUGUGGUGAACCUUGCAAUUUUCAUUUUAUUCAAUGGACGUUGGGUCAGCAGAGCAUCUAUGCUUCGAUCCAUCUUACCAUCUGUGGUUGUAUUUUUUCUUGGAGUCGCAUUCGGGGGCUUCACUUUCUUGAAGUUUUGGUUCUUUUUCACUUCCCUUCUUAUUGGCUGGUUCCUGCUUGGUACUUAUUGUUUCAAGAACCUGAUUCAGUUGUAGUAUCAGGUUCUCUGACUCUACUUCGUAUACAAGUGUGAUACGUGCUAUUUUUUGUGAAACAUGGCUAAUUAAUCAUAUACUUUGUGUUCAGAUCAAUUUUUUUGUCAAAGGCUUGUUGCUUUA